AUGGCGCCCUCGAGACCCGACAACAAGACUUCAAAGCCCGACAUUGCCAAGCUCAUCAUCGAUGCUCAGACUCAGCUCGAGAUUGGAAAGCUAGAUGAGGCUGCUACCCUCGCGCAGCAGGCCCUCGACGCCACUGGCCAGGGCGGCGACUUUGAGCUCAGCGCCGCGAACCUUCUCGGUACCAUCUUCAUUGAGUCGGGCGAUAUCGACGAGGCCCGAGCUGCUUUCGAGCGCGCAGUCUUCCUCGACCAAGAUGGCACCGCAGAUGAAAAGAUUGGAGGCGGCGCCGAAAAGUUCCUCCUUCUCGCCCAGCUCAGCGAGGAGGGUGGCCUCGACACUGUCCAGUGGUUUGAGCGCGGAGCUGCCGCCCUCCGAAAGCAGAUCCAAGCCCUGACCGAGAUCCCACGGAAAACCCCCGAGCAGCAGCUUGCGUUCAACGAAAAGCAGCAGAAGCUCGGCGGAGUCCUCUGCGCUGUUGCCGAAGUUUACAUGACUGACCUGUCAUGGGAGCCCGACGCCGAGUCGCGCUGCGAAGCCCUCAUCACCGAGGCCAUGCUCAUUGCCCCCGCGUCGCCCGAGACAUGGCAGACGGUCGCCAACGUCCGUAUCUCGCAGAACCGCGCCAACGAGGCCCAGACCGCCCUGCGCAGGAGUCUCGAGCUGUGGCAGGACCUUCCUCCCGAGCACCCUGGUGUCCCCGAGUUCCCAACCCGAAUUGGUCUCGCUCGCCUGCUACUUGAGACCGAGCUGGAGGAGGAGGCCUUGCGUGUGCUAGAGCGCCUGAUUACAGAUGAUGAUUCCAGUGUCGAAGCCUGGUAUCUUGGCGGCUGGUGUCUCUACAUUACUGGAGAGAAGCUCCGUGCGGCUGCCGCCAAGCGAUCGAAUGGCGCCAGCGGUGCUGACGAGGAGUGGAAGGAGGUCUGGAAGUCGUCACGGCAGUGGCUCACAAAGUGCCUGAAGCUGUUUGAACUUCAGGAUUACGAGGAUGAACGACUUGGCGAGCACGCAAAGGAGCUACUAAAGAACAUCAACAAGGAGCUCGGUGAGCCUGCAGAGGGCGAGGAGGACGAGUGGGAGGACGCGACUGACAAUGAGGACGAGGAUGCUGAGAUGCAAGGUUAA